UUAAAAUGGUGUGGGAGAACUGUAAUAUUGUAAUUAAUAGUGGCGACAGUGGUAUUUUGUACACAGGCGACGUGGUGACCGGAUCGGUGACGUUGGAAUUUAAAAAAGUGCAAAAAAUUAAAUAUGUGGAACUCAGAGUAAUAGGUAUAAGUAAAGCAAGAUGGUCAAGAAUAACACCUACAGUGCCUUAUUUGAAAAUAUACGAGGAAAAAAGGAAAGUUUUAGACACCAGAAUUAACGUAUUUAGCGAAAUAACUGGUAAAAAAAUAAGACCGGGAAUAAACAACUAUCAAAUCCAUUUUAACCUUCCCAAUGAUUUACCAUCGUCAUUCAAAAGUUCAAUAGCUACAGUAUCGUAUUAUAUUAAAAUAAUGUGUAAAGCAACAUGCUGUCAAUCGAAGAUUAAAAUUGUUCCGCUUAUUGUGAUGAGUAGAGUAGAUAUGAAUCACUUAGAAGAAAACAAGGUGGCCAUGAUGUACGAUAUGAACAAAACUUUCGCAACUUCUGGAACAUUGACCAUAUAUUUUAAAACAUAUAGAUGUUUUGCGCCGAAACAAAGCUUGCCGUUUGGAAUAGACAUCAGCAAUGACAAAAAAGCAAAAAUAAGUAAAAUAGUCGUCACAUUGAUACAGAAACUUGAGUACAAUGUUACCGCUGGUUACGCAAACGACGAGAAGAAAAUAUGUAAAACGGAACAUAGCGAUUUUUGUAAUGAAACGAAAGAGUACUGCCGUAUGUUUAUGGAUGUGCCGCAAACAGUGUCAUCUAGUAUUAACGUAACUAAUCCAAUGAUUAAAAUAUCCUACGUGUUAAGGGUUGAGGUGAUAUUUAAAUUUCACUUAACAUUAUGUGAAGACAUUCCUGUAACAAUAACAACUGUUCCUGUACAACAUCUCGGUACAUAAAUAUUUCAGAAAAUACAAAAUAAAAACUACAACUACA